AUGAUUGCUGCUGAGGACCGGCUGUGGCGUUUGCGGCAGGACGGUCGGAAGUUGAAGCGAUAUGUGGAGGAAUUCCUCGAGCUUGCCAACCAGGUGAGCUGUCACGACGCCGCUCUAGAUUACUGUGAAGAUCCACUGGUGACGACACUACCCCCAGCUUCCUUCCAGAACUCAUCAAAAUUAUCUGACAGAAGGUCACCACACUAUGCUAAACUCAACAGAAGAGAAGGUGGUGGGGGAUGGUCUCCAAAUGGAGAAGACCAACAACCUUGGCUACAGCUGGACCUACAGGACAGGUUGAAGGUCACAUCCAUUGCUACCCAGGGUCGAUGGGGCAGCUCUGACUGGGUCGCUCGCUACCAGCUGCAGUACAGUGACUCUGGACGAACCUGGAGACCGUAUAGACAAGAGGACGUGAUAUGGACAUUUACAGGAAACAGUGACACAGACACAGUGGUCCAACACAAACUCCCUCACUCAAUCAGAACUCAAUAUAUGCGUCUUCUGCCCCUUGAGGGAAGCCCCAAAGGAGGAAUGGGUCUACGGCUAGAAGCUUAUGGCUGCACAUACAAGUCCGACGUGGCUGACUUCGACGGUCGCAGUGCCUUACUCUACCGGUUCAACCAGAAGUCUACCAGCACAGUGAAAGACGUGAUUUCCCUGAGAUUCCGGAGCCAUCAGGCAGAAGGGGUUCUGGUUCACGGAGAGGGACAGAGAGGAGAUUUCCUCACUCUGGAGCUUCAGAAAGGAAGACUCAUUUUGCAUCUCAAUUUGGAUGACGCCAAGCCUCAGUCUGCUGGACGCUCAUCUUCUGUCAUGUUAGGAAGUCUGCUGGAUGACCACCACUGGCACUCUGUUCAAAUUGAGCGCUUUAACAAACACGUCAACUUUACUGUGGAUGGACACACGCAACACUUCCGCAGUCCAGGACAGGAGGACACACUGGAGAUAGACUAUGAGCUCAGUUUCGGAGGAAUCCCUUUGCCUGGUAAGCCUGGGACAUUUCUCCAUGAAAAUUUCCACGGCUGCAUAGAAAACCUCAACUACAAUGGCGUUAGUGUUAUAGACAUGGCAAAAAGACGGAAGCCACAGAUCUAUACAGUGGGUAACGUGACGUUCUCGUGCUCUGAGUCUUCCUCAGUCGCUGUGACAUUCCUCAGUUCCACGGGCAGCUUCCUGAUGCUCCCUGCAGAUCACAGUAUGGAGAGUCUCUCUGUACGACUGCAGUUCCGCACAUGGAAUCAGGAAGGGCUGCUGUUCUCAAUCCCGCUCUCUCGUGAUCCGGACACCAUUAACCUGCUUCUGCAGCUCAGCCAGGCUAGGCUGCUUCUCUUGCUCUCUGGAGGGCCACAAAACUCUGCUCAGGUUUUUAGCGGUCAGAAUUUGAGUGAUGGACAGUGGCACUCCAUAGCCAUUGAGGUCAAGGGACAGAAGGUGUCUUUAACAGUCAACAACCAGAAGCCUGUCACUAUGGAAUUCAGUGGGCUAAUUCAGAACAUGCAAAGAACAGCCAUCUUCAUUGGAGGCUGCCCUUUAUUCCAGAGCGAUUUCAACUGUGAAAACCCCAACAAAGGAUAUCAGGGCUGCCUUCGUCUCCUUUUCAUAAACAGCCAUCCAGUCAACUUCCUUCAGAUUCAGCAGGAAAGCUUGAGCAACUUUAGCCAGAUUAGCUUUGAUGUCUGCAACAUACAAGACAGGUGUUUGCCCAAUCUGUGCGAACACGGUGGUCAAUGCGUCCAGUCAUGGGACCAGUUUUACUGUGACUGUUCUGAAACAGGAUACACAGGAGCCACCUGCCACAACUCAAUAUAUGAGCGAUCCUGCGAGGCCUUCAGGAAAACAGGAAGCCAGUCGAGUGCGUUUACAAUCGACCUUGAUGGGAGCGGACCUCUAGAGCACACUCAAGUCGACUGCACCAUGGCAGGUGUGACCUCAGCAUGUGUGGGGGACUGCCUGGAGAAAUCACACAUCUCAUUAGAAGAUAAAGUUUGGACCGUAGUGGGGCACGAUCACAUGAGGCCCAUCGACAUUCGAGGAUCCACUCCACGCAGCCCUUUCGUUCUAAUCUUCAACUACACCAUCUCGCCGUACCAUCUCCGCUUGCUCGUGACCUCCUCGGAGCACUGCCAACAGGAAGUGAGAUAUCGUUGCAGGAAGUCUCGGCUUUUUGACACCUGGGAUGGAACUCCUCUGUCAUGGUGGCUGGAUAGAGACGGAGUGAAAAGAACAUAUUGGGGAGGAUUUCUGCCUGGGGUCCAGCAGUGCUCUUGUAGUUUGGAUGGCAACUGCAGGGACAUGAAUUAUUUCUGCAACUGUGAUGCAGACCAAGACACCUGUGCACAAUUCGUUUUUCAACACGCUGUGUGCUUUCUUGCCUGUCCCUCUGCUGCAGGAUUUUUCUGGAACUCUGCAUCUUUUUACCAGGAGUCCACCUAUCUGCAUUUCCCCACCCUCCAAGCUGAACUGAGUGUCGAUAUUUCACUCUUUUUCAAAACUAGUGCUCUCUCAGGAGUCUUCUUGGAGAAUCUGGGUGUCAGAGACUUCAUAAGGCUGGAACUGAGUUCUCCAUAUACAGUGAACUUCACUUUCGACCUAGGGGACGGACCAAUAAUCCUUACCGUUCAUUCACCUGUAGCUUUGAAUGAUCGUCAGUGGCAUUAUAUUCGUGCUGAACGAAAUGUGAAAGAAGCUUCUCUACAGGUUGACUCCCUGCCGCCGAAGCUAAAUGAAGCACCAUCUGAGAGACCCUACCGUCUUCAGCUCAGCAGUCAACUCUUUGUGGGAGGAACAGCUUCUAGGCAGAGGGGAUUUCUGGGCUGCUUACGUUCCCUCACCAUUAACGGGGUUACCCUUGACCUGUAUGAACGUGCAAAGACCACCCCGGGGGUGAAUUCCGGCUGCCCGGGUCACUGCACCAGCGACAGCGUCUGCCAUAAUGGAGGGAGAUGUGUGGAAGAGAGGAGCAGUUACACCUGCGACUGCACGCAGACAGCCUUCGACGGGCCACACUGCAGAACAGCUCUAGCAGCUUCCUUCGAAAGUGGAUCUUCAGUCCUGUACACUCUUCAGGAGCCAUUUUCCGGAAUACUGAAUGAGGAAGCCAGAAGAUCACCGGCCGGUUUCCAUGAUGCUGAAGUUACCAAAUCUCAAGAGAAAGUGUCGUUUGGGUUCUUGACGCAUCAUGUGCCAGCCUUGAUCCUGACAGCGCAAACUGUGGACCAGCACUAUAUGGCUGUUAUGCUAACGUCAAAUGGCAGCCUGCAAAUACGAUACUUGUUGAACAAAGAAAAACAAACAGAAACGUUCAGCCCAGUGUCAUCCAGUCUAGCAGACGGACGGUUCCACUGGGUCAAAAUCAAUCGAAAGGGACAGGAGCUCCUUGUCCAGAUUGACAACACGAUAACCCAGCAGUACAGCCUGUCUCCUGGAUCUGCUCUCAGCCCGGCGAGGUCAGUGAUUCUGGGGAGAAUCCAAGGUAUUGACAUUACUGAUAAGGAACUGGUUCAGGCUGGAUUGAGAGGGUUUAUUGGCUGCUUGUCCUCCGUGCAGUUUAAUCAGGCUACCCCUCUGAAGGCAGCCCUGCAAAACAGCCAAAGCCCGUUAGUUACUGUUAUCGGCCGCCUGGAAGCAUCAAGUUGUGGGACGGUAUCCAGCUCGAACACUUUGAGCGAUACACACACACGGUCAGAUGACUCAGCAAAAACAAACCGAGGCAAAUAUCCACUGAAAAAGGCUCAUCAAAAUGACUUGGCAGUACUCGGAGGAGUAGUGGCUGCAGUGGUGUUCAUCACCCUCUGUGCGUUGGCCUUCAUCAUCCGCUUCCUGUAUCGUCACCGACGGACUCCAGCGCCCCCCGUAAUCACCGGAAAGAUGCACCGACCCAGCAUGGAGCAUCCUCCAUACCGGGCUGCACUGGACCUGCACAAACCCAACCACGACAGCAAAGAAUACUACAUCUGACCUCGCCAUCUCGUGCCUGGCAUUUAAUCGAACAGCCUGCCGCCAGUGUACAUGCUACCAAACCCACCGCACUGUAUUAUCUACACUGCAAGCUGAGCAGCCAGAGGCCAGCAAUGACCCAACAGGCACAAGAAAUUACAACAGAGACAUUUUUGUUUGUUUGCUUAUUUUCUACGAAGAGAGUCAAGCUUACGUGAAAGUAAGCGUGCGCCAGCCUCCUGGAUGAUGACAGAGCUGUAUAUUGUUAUUUUACGGGCAUAAUAAUAGGUUAUACAUGCACAGCACACACACUUCCCAAGCAAACAACACAGCAGGAGGGCUGAAGCAUCACUCUGAAUUGUCUUUAUCCAGUGUGCCUGCUCAAACCUGUCUGUCUCAGAGCCUGCAUAUAGAGUGGGCUUAAGCUAAUGGACUGAAACCCCAGCGGAGAGGGUUCUGAGAGAAUGGUUUUGUGGCAGAGCGGCAGACCUUCCCAAAUGUUGUUUUUAAAGGAUCGAUCAUCGCUCAACAUGUCCAAAAAAAAAACAAAAGAUUAAAGACGUCCGCAUCCGACAACCCCACAUUUGAUGUUGAAACUAUUGACUGGUGCUAGGAGCCGCUAAAGGCUGGGAUUACCCAUCAAAGGACUAUAAGAAUAUAUCAGCGGCGGCUGAGGGAUGGAAUAUGAGUCAUUUGUGUGUAUCCCAAUUCCCAUGGGCCGGCAGAUUCAGGCAGUUUAAUUCUCUUUCCCACCGUAAUCGAGCUGGUCUCGCAACUGAGCGUGCCCCGGGAACGAAAUCUCGUCCUUAUUGAAGUGCAUUAUAUCUCCUGACUAGAAAAAAACAAUACACACACAAAAAAAGAAAAAACACUUGCUUUCUAUUGAGAAUGAAUUCUAUGGCUGUUUUUUUUUCUAUAUGACUACUGUAAAUGAAUGGUGUACAUACAUUUCAUAAUUAUAUUUAA